AUGGAUUCAUAUCUCUUGUUGUCUGAACUUCAAGGGCAUCCCGAAGUGCCAUCAAAUUUCAUUUGGCCAAAGGAGUACCUAGUGGACGCCCAUGAAGAGCUCCAAGCACCAUUGGUGGAUCUUGAUGGGUUUCUCAAAGGGAACGAUGAGAACACACAACAUGCAGCUAAGCUCAUAACUGGAGCUUGCUUGAACCAUGGUUUCUUCCAAGUGAUCAACCACGGUGUUGAUCCACACCUCAUUAGCGAUGCAUAUAAGCAAAUGGACACUUUUUUCAAACUCCCAAUUCACAAGAAAUUGAGCAUUUCUAAAACACCCGGUUCCAUGUGGGGCUAUUCUGGUGCUCAUGCUGACCGAUUCUCCUCCAAACUCCCAUGGAAGGAAACCCUCUCUUUCCCAUACCAUGACAACACCUUAGAGCCUGUUGUCACAAACUACUUUAACUCCACCUUAGGAGAAGAGUUUGAAGAAGCUGGAGUAACAUUCCAGAAGUACUGUAAAGCUAUGAAGCAGUUGGGGGUGAAGCUGACGGAGCUAUUAGCAAUAAGCUUAGGCGUGGAUAGAAUGCAUUUCAGGGACUUGUUUGAAGAUGGUUGCUCCAUCAUGAGAUGCAACUAUUACCCAUCUUGCAAACAACCAAGACUUGCACUCGGAACAGGACCACAUUGUGACCCAACGUCUAUAACCAUUCUUCACCAAGAUCAAGUUGGAGGGCUUGAUGUAUUUUCAGACAACAAAUGGCAGACGGUUAAACCUCGUCCUGACACCCUUGUAGUUAACAUUGGAGAUACCUUCACGGCAUUAUCUAAUGGGAGAUACAAGAGUUGCCUUCAUAGGGCAGUGGUUAACCAGUAUAAGGAGAGAAGGUCUUUGGCAUUUUUUCUAUGCCCCAAAGAAGACAAGGUGGUGAAACCACCAGAAGAUAUUGUUCGAAGGGACGGGACGAAACAGUAUCCAGAUUUUACAUGGUCGGAUUUGCUUGAAUUCACACAAAAGUACUACAGGGCAGACGAAGCUACACUGCCAAACUUCACCACGUGGUUGCUAUCCUCCAAACCACAAACCUUAAGCUAA